ACCAAACGCCCAUGUUGUUUAAGUUGUUGAUAACUCCUUCUAGUUUUAUUGUUAGACGUUACAAGUGAAAAAGAUUAGUUCAAAAACUCUUAAAGAGAGACAUUUAAAUCGACUAGGGUUGGUUCAUCUACCUACUGAGCGCCCCAUACAACUUAUACGAUAUAAGCUACUAUUAAGCUACUUAGCAAUAAAAUUAAGUAGUGAACAAACAGUGAGCUGAUCAGCUAUACAGAGAAUCUAUCUGAGUUUAACCAGUUUGAGUUUCGACAUACUCAGGGACAUUACAAUGUCGGACAAGACGAAGGGAAGGAAAGAGGAGGUGGUGACCAGAGAGUACACCAUCAACCUUCACAGACGCCUUCAUAGCUGUACAUUUAAGAAGAAGGCACCAAAGGCAAUCAAGGAGAUAACGAAGUUUGCAGAGAAGGCAAUGGGGAGAAAAGAUGUGAGAGUGGAUGUGAAGCUGAACAAGCAGAUUUGGAGCAGAGGUCCUCCUAGAAGGAUCAGAGUCCGAGUUGCUCGCAAGAGAAACGAUGAUGAAGAUGCAAAGGAAGAGUUCUUCUCUCUUGUCACUGUUGCUGAAAUCCCUGCUGAGGGACUUAGUGGCCUUGGCACUAAAGUCAUUGAUGAAGAGGAUUGAACAAUAUUUUCGGAGUUUUGUUCUUCUUUCAUUUUGUAGUGACGUUGACUCAGUAAUACAGUUUAUUAGAGAACAUUUCAGAGCCUUGUGUCAUGGUCAAUGAUAUAUAUUACAAUCGAUUAGUAAGUAGACCUUGGCUUGUGUCAUUUGUCCUCCUACUGUUUCGAUAGACCUUGUCAAUGAUUUAUUUGA